AUGGAGCUCCGAGUGGCUGUUCGAUCAUUGACAGAUGGCGCAUCGCCAGGGAGGUCUACGAGCUCCAUCUUUGUAGAAAAUAAGAGGUGGUGUUGGGUUUUGUUGGAGUGCCAAGAGGCAGAAGAGUUUGUGAAAAAAGGAAAUUGUAGAGAGCUGGACCCCAAGCUCCCGGAGUUUGUUUGCACAACAGAGGAAGCGAUGCAACGGGUUUUCGCGCCCACAGCCAGGCCAGCUCGAGUCCUCGACUACGAUGGAGACGACGAGUGGACGCCCGAGAAGGAGCAAUCUAGCAGGUAUGCAAGCAAAAAUGGAAGCGUAGGCAGUGGAAGAAGAGGCGGUCAUAAGAGGAAGGCAGAGUGGAGUGCUCCAGCUUGGGCCAGAAGGAGUGAGAACUACGAUGAUGCGCCACUCAGUGUAGACCAAGUAGAUGUUAUACCGUUGUGGACUCCAGCCAAGUUGGUGGCAGGUGCAAAGGGCACUGCCAAGAUAAUGCCAACAACAGUCGACAGGUCAAGUGGAGCUUCCGCUGCAGAAAAUGUUAAGCCAGAGGACAAGGGGAUCUUUCCCGGUCCCAUGUCACACUUGGCAACAGAUACAGAGAUGGAAACAGUGAAAGAGCUUCCAGCUGAGACUAAAACACUUGGUGUAGGAUCAGAUGAAGAGGGCCGGGGAAACAGCUGUUUUUCAGGAGAGUCCAAGACGCGGUACCCAAGACGUAGUAGCAGAAGGAAGCUGUUUUAUGAAGAGAACGUUACUAAAGAUGAUGAUUUUAUUUAUUGCGCAGACUGUGAAGAAGAGAAAGAGGGAGAGUGUCCGUACCACCAUUGUUCCUUAUUCUGGAUAACCCCGUUGUUCGAGACGGCAGCGAGAAAGAUCGUGCUCGCCUCACAGCCCCUUGGCCCCUCACUGUGUACGACUCGAAAGUGA